UAUUAUCAUUGUUAAUAUUGAUGAAUUCUGAAAAUAAGAUGGGACGUCUUUGUCAAAUUAAUACUGGUGAAGGAAAAACAACAAUUGUUGCUAUGUUAGCUGCAAUUAAAGCUCUUGAAGGACAUAAGGUUGAUAUUGUUACAAGUUCACCAGAAUUAGCUAAACCACAAGCAGAACAACAGGAAAAUUUUUAUGAUCACUUUGGUUUGACAGUAUCACAUAAUGGAAAAUGUGAAACAGAAAUAAAAGAACAAUAUCAAGCUGAUAUUGUUUAUGGAGCAGCAAGUGAUUUUCAAGGAGAUAUUUUACGAGAUGAAUAUAGUAAAUUGGGUACGCGUUCUGGUAGAAAAUGUGAUGUUGCUAUUGUUGAUGAAGUCGAUUCAAUGUUAAUUGAUGGUAAAAAUCAUAUUGUUAUGUUGUCAACACCAAUGCCGGCAAUGGAUCAUUUAGAAUCAAUUUUAGCAUCAAUAUGGAUACAGAUAGGCGAAACUGCUAAAUCAAUUAGAGAAAUCGAUGGCAAAGAUUAUUAUAUAGAGCAGGAAAAUAGAAUUGACAAAGAUGGUCAACCAAUAAAAUCUGACAUUAUUGAAAAAGCUUUCUUUAUCAAAGAAACAAAAGAAGAAUUUAUAAAAAAUUGUACCAUAACACAUAUAAGAAAAUUACUUCGAGAUAUAAAAAAUUUACCGGAUGAUAAUAAAAUAAUUCCUAAUGAAUAUCCGGAAAUAAAAAUUCCCAAACAUUUACGAGCAUUGGUAACCGAUGUUCAGUUAACAAAAUGGGUUGAUAGUGCCAUUCAUGCAAAAUAUCGAUGUAAAAAUGAACAACAUUAUAUUGUUAAAAAUGGAAAAAUUGCACCUGUGGAUGCAAAUAAUACUGGAAUUGUGCAACAAAAUAUGCAUUGGAAUAAUGGAUUACAUCAAUUUUUACAAAUAAAACAUGGUGCAAAAAUAACUGCAGAAAGUUUAACAACAAAUUUUAUUUCAAAUGUAACAUAUUUUAGACGUUAUGGUCAUAAUAUUUAUGGUUUAACAGGAACACUUGGAAGUGUAAAAGCACGAGAAUUAUUGAAUAAAACAUACAAUGUUGAUAGUGUAAUUAUUCCACCAUUUAGACAGAAACAAUAUGAAGAAUUAAUGCCAAUAAUUACAAAGAAUGAAGAAGAUUGGUAUACAAAUAUUGUUGAAAGUUCAAUAAAUAAAUUGAUUAAUGGUCGAGGAGUUUUAAUUAUUACAAAAUAUAUAAAAGAAGUUGAUGAAAUUAAAAAUAGAUUAAUAACAGCAGGAUAUGAUAAAACAAAAAUAAAAAUUUAUAGAACAGAAAUCGAUUCAAAAAUAAUUAAAGAAGAAUUAAAACCUGGUGAAAUAAUUAUUGCAACAAAUAUUGCGGGUAGAGGAACUGAUAUACGAGCUGAGAAAAUUGAAAAAAAUGGUGGAUUACAUGUGUGUGUUACAUUUUUACCACCAAAUGAAAGAGUUGAACAACAAAAUGUUGGAAGAACAUCAAGAACAGGAAAUAAAGGAACUGGUCAGUUUAUUUUAUUAGAAACGAUAGAAAAUGAUUUUGAAAUAUUAAAACAAAUUCGAAACGAACAAGAAGAAGGUGGAAUUCAUAAAGCUGAAACAGAAAUUGAAAGAGUAACUAUCAAAGAUGCAAUAUUUGCAGAAUUUUGUAAAUUAUUAACUGAAAUUGAUCAGACAGAUAUUCCACAUAUUAAAAAUAAAAUUCGAGCAGUUGAAGAUAGAUUUGGUAUUUGGUUAAAAAUACAAGAAAAAAAUAUUGAAGAAACAACAACAAAAACAGAAAUGUUAAAGAAAUUUGAAAUUGAAUUUAAACAAACAAUUUUAAGAGAUAAAACAAAUGAUAAAUUAAUUGAAAAUCCAUAUUUUUAUGUAUUAAUUGGUAAUGAUUUAUUAAGAGAGAAAAAAAAUAAUGAAGCAAUUGAAGAAUUUAGAAAAGCAAUUGAAAUUGAUAAACAUUUUCAAGUUAAUGCUUUUUAUAAUCGUGGAUAUGCACGAAUUGCUGAAUAUGGUAGUGACAUGAACAAAUAUAAAACCGAAAUAGACAGAGCAAUUGAUGAUUUCAAAGACGCUAAACGAAUAAUAAAAGAUAAUUUAGAACCAAUGUUACAAAUCAUUCAACAAGCAGCAAAUUCAGAAGUAUUAUCAGAACAAGUUUCACAUAAAAUGACACUUUAUGGAAUACAAAAAAAUACUAUUGAAAUGGCAAUUGGUGUCGGAAGUAUUGAUGAAGAAUUAAAAGAAUUAGAAAAUCAAAAAAAACAAGAAAAUAUAACACAAAAUGAUAUUCAAGCAAUCGAUAAUGAAAUCAAAAUUUUAAAAGACAAUAAACAAACAAUAGGAGAUGGAGCUAUUGGUGAGGCAAGAAAUAAAAACAGAAAUAUUGAAAUUGAAUUUCUAGAGAUAGAAAAAUCAUUACCCGAAGAUCAAAACAUUGAAUUAUAUAAAGAAGAAAUAAGUGAAUAUAAAAAUAAUGGUUUUAGAGGAAACUUUAAAAUUACAGAAAUAAAACCAAUUGAUUGGUCAUCGGUAAUUGGUCUAGCGCUUCUUGGUCUUGCUCAAAUAAUUGUAGGAGGAGCACUGGCAGUAUUUACUCUUGGAGCCGGUGCUUCCAUCGGUAUGGGAUUAAUAUCUGAAGGAGUUAGCGAUCUCAUAACAGCAGUAAAAGAUGGUAUUAUUAAUAGAGAUUUUAGCUGGGCAUCAUAUGCUGUACAGAAAGCGAUUAGUUUGACUGUCUCUAUUGUAUGUGCAGGACUUGGAGCAAUAAAAGAUGCCGCUAAAACUGCGAUUGCAGGAGUUAAACAGGCUGCACAAAUAGCAACUACAGCAGUUACUGCAACAGUAAAAGAAGGAUACAAAAUAGCGGCAAAAGCUAUUGGUACAUCUUUGGCUAAAGGUAUAGCCAAAGAUUUAGUAACACAGCUUGUUGAUUAUGGUGUGAGUAAAGCUUUGAUGCCAAGUAUACAAGAUGUAGUUAUGGAAAAAAUUGAAAAGCCCAUACAAGAUGCAUUAUUGACAAAUUGUUAUGUUGAAAAUAUGUUGAAAUUAGACGAUCAAAAUCGAAAUAAUUAUUAUCAAAGUUUAAUUAAAAAUAAAGCAAUGGAACUUUUGAAUCCACAAAGUGAUUCAAAACAUGCUCUAUUAACCAUAACAGAAGGUAUUGCUAAGGGAAUAGCAACAAAUAAAAUACCAGGAUUAUCUUCAGUAUUACAAAUUAAUGAAGCACGAUUAGCUUUAAAUGAAUUAGACAAAUUUGUACCGAAUUUUAUUAAUAGUUUAAAUAAAGAAAUUGAAAAAAUAUAUAAAGAGCAAAAAGUUGAGGAAAUAAUUGAAGAUCUCAAGAAAAAACGACAAGAACAAACAAACGUACAACAAAACGGAACUAUUAACAAACAAAAUACGAUAAAAGAAGAAACAAAUGGUAGUUAUACGUCUGAUUUUGUUGUAGAAAAAUCCAAAACAGAUAUUGAUAUUUAUAGAGAACAAAAUGAAGAAAAAGUGAUAUUCGAACGAGAAAACAAAACUCCAGAAGAAUUACGUAAAUAUUUGGCACUUAGUGUAUCUACAAAUAUGUGUAAUAUUAUUAAAAAUAAAUUAAUUACACCUGUUACUAAUAUUGGUAUUAAUUAUGGAAUGAAAAAUUUAACAGCAGGAAUUGAUAAAAGUCUUCAAGAUCAAAUUGCUACCUUUCAAGCAGAAAGAAGAAUUGAAUUUUUUCAAAAUAAAAUUGAAAUUAAUAGAAUACCAGAUGGAUUUAAAAAAAGUGGUCCAGAAGCUGCAUCUAAUGCAAAGAAAAUUAUAGAUGAAUUAAAAGAUCAUGGAGAAGCUGGAUUACCUCAUUUAGGCGCAUUAAGCGAAGCAGCUGGACGACCGAUAAAAGUAUUAGAUGAAAAUGGAAAUGUCAUACGGAUUAUUGGUGAAGGUAAAGAUGGUAAACCAAUUGAAGUUGAAUAUUGUAAGCCAAAUGAAAAUAAUCCAUCAGGACAUUGGACAUUGCCUGGAGGAAAGGAACCAGAGGGAAAUAAUUAUUCAGGAAAAAAUAAUUGUUUAUUUAAUGUUGUUGCAGCACAAACAGGAGAAGAUCCAAAUGACUUAAGACAAAAUACUAUAAAACACAUGGAAAAUGAUAAAGAAAAUCUUGCUUAUCAAACACAAGAUAUUAAACGAUUAGAAGAAUAUAAAAAACAUGCAUUAAUUAUGGGAGGAGCAAAAUUUAUUAAUGGUAAGAUAUUCCUUAAUAAAGAUGAAAUUAAUGCCAUAAUUACACGUGUAAAUUCUACAUCAUAUGAACGACAAGAUGCACCAGAUAAAGUAUUUAAUUUAGUUAGGGCAGAAGAUAAUGAUGGAAAAGAAGUUCAACUAACUAAACAUCAUAUGAUUUCAGAAGAAGAAAUAAGAAAAGAUUUUCAAAAAUUUAUUAAAGAAUAUAAAGGUAAAAAAGCGGAACUUGUAAAAGAAUUUAAUAAUUAUUUAAAUCAUGAAAAUAAUAAAACUGGAAGAGAAAUAUUUGUUAGAAGUACUGGAUUAGAUAAAACAUGUCAAAUAAAUAAUGAUAACGGAGAAGUGACUCGACAUUUUUUAAAAGCAGUAUCAUGGCAUUCAAAUAAUUUAAAAAUUGGACCAACAGGAAGUACAAGGUCAGAUGAUCCUGCAGAUUCAAAAGAUAAUAAAUAUAAAAUUGAUAUGAAAGUAGCAGAUGAAAGAUCAAAAGAAAUAUUAAAUAAAUAUGCACAAGAUAAAAGUGACAAUAAACCAAUUAAUAUUUUACGUGUACAAAAUAGUCUUCCAAAUAAUUCUGAACAAUAUGGUUGGUUAAAAAAUAAACAUACACAACGUUAUGAAGUUGAUGUUAGAAGAACAAUUGGUGUAAAUUCAAAAUAUUUUAGAAAAGAUGACAGUGAUUACAGAUUAGUAAAUAUUCAAACUGGUAAAUUUGUUAAAAAAUAA